GCGCGUGCGAGCGAGACGGAGCGUGUUGCAUUAAAUUUCGAUCCUAUUCUGUAAUGUUUUGUCCAAUCGCGGCCGAUCUCUGCGUGUUCCGGUUCUUUGUCAUCAAUGGGUCGCCGGGCGAGUCCGUUUCGAGUGCCUCUCGAGAACGUUUUACGCGAAUUUUGAAAGGAAUAUCGACGCAGAAGUCGCGGCGAGCGUCCGUGCCGUGAAUCGUGUGUCGUUCCGAUCGAAAACCCGCGGAGGAAACGGAGAAUUCGGCGCGUUCGGAGUUACGCCGUUUCGGAUCCGUGCGCGGCGGCACUUCAGCUGACUGCGUCGUACGCAAGGCUACUCGUAACCAAACCAGUAGUAGUCCGGCGCUCGAGGCAGGCGGUCGUGCCGGCUCGCGGAAGAUGCGCCGGGAAGCGGCCCCAUAGCCCCAGCCCCCAGGCGGCCCGCGCCGCGCCGAGCGGGUCGAGCGGCCGAGCCGACGCUCAAUAAUGCUCAAGUUUCUGACUCACAAGCUGCGGACGCAUUCGUUGAAUGAAGACAACGUUUCCGAGAAGGUGGAGGAGCGCGACUCCGGCACCGAGUCCGACGACGAGGCCGAGCGCGCCGGCUCCGGUGAUUUUUGUACGGACGUCAUCAUGAAGUGGAAUGACGUCACCGAUAUCAGCAUGGCCGGUGAGGCGUGCGCGUGCGCGCCGGCGCCGCCGCGGCUGCUGCCCGAGCCGGAGCCGGACCACCUCUACGACCACCACUCCUCCGAGGAAGAGCUAGAGGUGAUCAACGGCACGCCGAGCGGCGCGUGCGGCGGCGGACGCGAGGCGGCGGGCGCGGGCGCGGGCGAGUCCCGCCGCCGCGGCGCGUCCUCGCCGCCGCCCGCCGCGCCCGAGAAGCGCAAAUGGCCGGCGCAGCCCUACGACGCCGACGACCUGGCGGCCAGGCCUCCCUCCUCCGACGACGACGACACGAAGGUGGAGACCCCGGUGCGGUUCCGCACGUCGCCGCCGCUGGAGGCGCUGAAGCCGCGGCGCGCGGGCGCGUGCGUGUGCGCGGGCGAGCGCGAGCGCGCGCCGCCCUCCCCGCGCCGCCGCCGCAUGCCGCUGCCGCCGCCGCGCCGGCACCGCCCUGCGCUCGACUUUGACAAGAUGCAGCAGCUGAAGGUGGGCGGCGGCGGCGUGCGGUCGUGGCGCGGCGUGGGCGGCGCGGGCGGCGAGCUGUCCGUGUUCUGCUGGUGAUGGCGCCCGCCCUGACGCGCCCGCGCACAGAUUGUGUAGGCGAGGGCGCGGCACCCGGGAGCUACAGUACUUACGUCCGCUUCAUUCGCGUCGCGCAGGCGCCCGGCGGGCUGCUUGGGCCCGCGGGCCCGCAGCAGGGCCCGCCCGGGCCCGCGCCGGCGGCGGCCGACCCCACACGAGCAUUGUUGAUGUCUACUGUGUACUUUUUCGUCUGUACCCGAUCACCCGUCAGUGCAGUCGACUCGAACGUAUCCCUCCGCGCGUCUGCCGAGAUCGCGAGCGAACGCGCAACAACGUUCCGGCUCUCACCCGUCGGUCCCGAUCAGCUCACGGUUCCCGCAACGUUUCGACCGAAACUUGCGAGUUUUAUAAUCGAAUCGUCGUCGCGAGUUCGACUUGUAUCUUCGAUCAUGAUCAUAUCAGAUUUCGUGCCGCAUGUUUUUAGUUUCCCCGUCCUCUCGCCCGGGCGCGGAUGCAGCGGACGCCGGCCCGGGCCGGUUCCCUUGCGCCCGGUUGUUUGACCCUCCCGUUUCCUUCGCGAUUGCACUCGAUGAUCAUCAAAGUACAAACUGGAAGUUAUAUAGUAUUGGACGAGUGCGACCGCUCGCGGGCGCUCGUGGGGCGGCGACGAGUUUUAUUCUCACAGUGUGUAGUUUUUUGGAUAUAUUUACUCCGGUGUUAAUCACUGUUACUUAAUUAUAAAUCGGGACGAUAUUGACGAGACAGAAACCAUAGACCGGGACUCUCUCCCGCUCGGACUCGAUGUUAACACGUGAGGAGGCCACACGAUGCAGCAUCGACGAACCCAUAUCACAGCUGAAUUGUAUUUUGUACGAGGCCAUUGCUAGAUUGUACCCAAAAUAGUUUAUUGUAUUGUGAUAUAGUACAGUUCUGUUGUUUUAAAGUAUGCGCUUUGGAGUCAUUUGAGUUGCGGGAAUAAAUCUGAUUAUUUUAUAAUCCUGUUUAUAAUAGUAAACUUUAUAACUAAGCGAUUAAAGUUAGUAUUUGAUUGAUUAGGUAAGCACGGUUACCACUUUCUGACAUGUAAAAUUUUCGAGAAAGAGAUGUCAUUUCAGCGACCAUUUUAUACAUAAAUACUGUCAUUUCACUCUGUCAUUAUUAGAAAUGUGACGCGACUGGAUUAGAAGGGUGGAUUAGGCUACAUCGAUAAGGCUUCUUAAAAUUCAAAUGGCACAAAAGCACAUAUUUUGAAAAACAGUGAAAGUGCGGACGUUGUCAAAAGUGAAGACGACUCAAGCAAACGCGGCGGCGCUUGCUUCAGUAUUAGAGGCGCGCUCCUCAAGUUUUGAUCUCGAAUUGCGACUGACACGCUUGGUGUUUGUGUUAAACGGAUGACCGCGUAGUGGGCUAAUGCAACCGGGCUCGACACUUGUUGCCCGCAUAUUAACACACACUCGGGAUUCUG